GAGGAGCUGAAGAAGGAGCAGGACACGAGCGCCCACCUGGAGCGCAUGAAGAAGAACAUGGAGCAGACCAUCAAGGACCUGCAGCACCGGCUGGACGAGGCCGAGCAGAUCGCCCUGAAGGGUGGCAAGAAGCAGCUGCAGAAGCUGGAGGCCCGGGUGCGGGAGCUGGAGAACGAGCUGGAGGCAGAGCAGAAGCGCAACGCGGAGUCGGUCAAGGGCAUGAGGAAGAGCGAGCGGCGCAUCAAGGAGCUCACCUACCAG